CAUAUCAGUGUUCUGAAUGUGACAAAUGUUUUUUUAGGAAUACAAAACUUAUGAGACACCAGAGGGUUCACAGUGGAGAGAAGCCAUAUCAGUGUUCUGAAUGUGACAAGUCUUUCACAACAAAAGCAAAUCUUAAUGCACACCAGAGGAUUCACACUGGAGAGAAGCCAUAUCAGUGUACUGAAUGUGACAAAGCUUUUAGAGAGAAGACCGCACUAAUCGCACACCAGAGGAUUCACAUCGGAGAGAGGCCAUAUCAGUGUUCUGAAUGUGGCAAAGCUUUUAAAACAAAAGCACAUCUUAUUACACACCAGAGGAUUCACACUGGAGAGAGGCCAUAUGAAUGUUCUGAAUGUGGCAAAGCUUUUAGAGAGAAGAUAGUACUAAUCAGACACCAGAGGAUUCACACUCGAGAGAGUCCAAAUGAAUGUUCUGAAUGUGGCAAAGCUUUUAAAACAAAAACAAGUCUUAAUGGACACCAGAGGAUUCACACUGGAGAGAAGCCAUAUCAGUGUUCUGAAUGUGACAAAUGUUUUACAAUGGAGGCAAAGCUCAUCAGACAUCAGAAGGUUCACAAUGCAGAGAAGCCGUAUCAGUGUCCUGAAUGUGAUAAAGCUUUUACAUGUAAAUCAAAACAUAUUUUACAUGAGAGGAUUCACACCGGAGAGAGGCCAUAUCAGUGUUCUGAAUGUGGCAAAGCUUUUAAAAGAAAAGCACAUCUUAUUGCACACCAGAGGAUUCACACUGGAGAGAAGCCAUAUGAAUGUUCUGAAUGUGGCAAAGCUUUUAGAGAGAAGACAUAUCUAAUCGCACACCAGAUGAUCCACACUGGAGAGAAGCCAUAUCAGUGUUCUGAAUGUGGCAAAGCUUUUAGAGAGAAGACAAAACUAAUCACACACCAGAGGAUUCACACUGGAGAGAAGCCAUAUGAAUGUUCUGAAUGUGGCAAAGCUUUUAAAAGAAAAGCACAUGUUAAUGGACACCAGAGGAUUCACACUGGAGAGAGGCCAUAUGAAUGUUCUGAAUGUGGCAAAGCUUUUAGUGACAAGACAGUACUUAUCAAACACCAGAGGAUUCACACUGGAGAGAAGCCGUAUCAGUGUUCUGAAUGUGGCAAAGCUUUUAAAAGAAAAACACAUGUUAAUGGACACCAGAGGAUUCACACUGGAGAGAGGCCAUAUGAAUGUUCUGAAUGUGGCAAAGCUUUUAGUGACAAGACAGUACUAAUCAGACACCAGAGGUCACACUGGAGAGAA